AUUCCGAACACACAUACAUUGAAUUAUGGUUGGAUAUGGUGUACACAUUAAUAUUCUUGUUUUUAUGUUUCAAACAAUCUACGCAGGUACAUUAAAAAAUUUACUGGUAACAAAUAUUAAAGACACAUCAGCAACUAUAAAAUGGAGACCACCCAAUCAAGUCAGUGGAAUCCUGAACGGUUAUCGCAUAAAAUUUGAAGAAACGGGUCAUCCUAAAACAGGGUUUGGUGUUUCUGUCCUGGCUUCAAAUUUAAAUUAUACGAUUGCUGCUCUGAGUCCAUCCACCAAUUAUACAGUGUCGCUUUUUGCCUCAACUAAUAUGGGACGUAUGCUUAUAUCAUCAACGAAAUUCAAAACAACCGAUACUAUUGCUAUAACAACUACAGUUUAUAGUUCUGGAACAUGUAAUGACCAUCUCUUUGAUUGUUUAAAUGGUAGAUGCAUUCCGUAUCAAUGGGUUUGUGACGGUGAGAACGACUGUGGAAACUUGAAAGACGAAGAGAACUGUAUAAUGCAAAAAGUAGAAUGUAGCAGUUCAGAGUUCAAAUGUAGUAAUGGAGGUUGUAUUCCCGCUAAAUGGCGUUGUGAUUAUAAUGACGACUGUGGUGACAACAGCGACGAGCAAGGCUGUGGAAAUACUUUGUCUGGAUGUGGUGGGUUAAAAAAUAAGACGGGAACUGUAGGUAAUAUCAGAGGAAGAUACAAUCCAUAUGACUUCCCUAAUAAUAGGACUUGUACAUGGGACAUUACUGUUCCAGAUGACAUGUUUAUCAAAAUUCAUUUUCUAAGCAGAUUCCGAGUUAAAGCAUCUCAGGAGAAUUGCACGGAUAAAUAUGUUGCAGUAUAUCAGGAUAAUGGAAAAGCGUUAGGUAAAUACUGUGGUAGAAAACCUCCACUUGAUAUGACAAUAGAAAGCAACCAUGUACGGAUUGUUUUCAAGACCAUCAAUAUGACCAGAUACGAGGGAUUUUCAAUGCACUGGUCAGCAGUAAAUGCAACAAAAAACAAUAGCGGACCAAAUCAAUUGGAUAAACUUGUUUGUAAUAAAGUGUUCACUAUCGACAACGAAACUACACGGUACAUUGAUACUUCAGAACUUAAUCAAACCUUUGACUUCCAAUGUGUAUGGUUUAUUGAAGCACCAAAAGGUUAUAGUAUCCGUUUCCGGUUCACUGAUUUCAAUCUAAAUGAAGACAGAUAUUGUUUACAUGACUCUAUACUUAUAAUGGACGGACCAAAUUUAAGCAUUCCGUUUGGACCAUAUUGUGGACAGACCAUUCCAUUGGAUAUAGUAACCUCAUAUCAUAUAGCAAAGAUUAUUUACCAGUUAGAUCCUAUCAAUGGGACCAGUGGGUUUUCUCUGCAGUUUUCUGCAGUAGAAAUGCCUACGCCUCUACCUUUUCCAAAGAUCCUGUGUGACCAUGAUAUAUAUUAUACAGAACCUGAUUCUAUCGUGUCACCAAAUUAUGGAUAUGGCAACUACUAUCCUAGACUUCGUUGCUUAUGGAGAAUAUUUGCCCCAAGUGGAUACUUAAUAAGGCUUCAUUUUACAUAUUUUGACAUUGAAUUCAGUCAAAAUUGUUUAUAUGAUGCUUUGACAAUAAUAGAUGGAACUUCUCCAUCCGGUGAUGUUCUCACUACUUUGUGUGGACAGAUGUUCCCGGAUGAUGUUUUAUCGAAGACUAACUCGGUUGUGCUUACAUUUGUGAGCGAUGAUAACAAAUCGGGAUCGGGAUUUAAUAUCACUUAUACAAUUGAAAACAAAACCGAAGUUGAUAACGGUAAUAUAGUGGAAAAAUUAUGUCGCAACGGUACUGUUAUAUCAAAAAAUGAUUCUCAAGGAGAAAUAUUAUCGCCUGGUUAUGCGCUCGGAAGGAAAUAUCCGACAAACAUUAACUGUUCAUGGUUUAUUGAGGCGCCUGUGGGAAAAGUUAUUUCACUUACUUUUAAUGAUUUUGAAGUAGAGAAUGAACGAGAUUGUCAUUUUGAUUCAAUGUCAAUAUUCGACAGGACUAAUGGCGUAGACACAUUGAUUCAGACAUUGUGCGGACCUGCAUAUCCAAACAGAUUGACCUCUACCAGUAACCUUCUGUUUAUGGUAUUUCAUAGUGAUGAUAGUGAUACAAGAUGUGGAUUUAAUAUAACAUAUGCUUUUCGUGAUCCUAUCCCAUCUUGCUUAACAUCCGAGUUCAGAUGUGGUAAUGGUAGUUGCAUCGAUUCUUCAUUGGUUUGUAAUAACGUAUCUGAGUGUAGCGACGGAACAGAUGAAAUAGUAUGCAGUUUGUAUGAUAAAAAUUGUGGAAAACCAUCUAUUCAACCAGUAAACGUAGAUCACAGAAUAUUUGGGGGACAAGAAGCUAAGCCAGGAAGCUGGCCAUGGCAGGUUUCUUUGAAACAUGAUGGUGAUCAUUUAUGUGGUGGAACUUUGAUUCAUCCUGAAUGGAUAGUUACAGCGUCACACUGCUUUGAACGGCAUCGAUCAACAAAACAUUGGACAGCAAAUCUUGGAGAGCAUCACAUGUACAAAGAUGACCCUGGUGCAGUACAAGCAGCAGUAAAGACCAUUAUUGUUCAUGAACAUUAUGGAGCUGUUAGUACCAAUAACGACAUAGCUUUAGUUCAGCUACAGAUACCGCUAACAUUGAACGAUAAAAUAGAUACUGUAUGUCUCCCAAAAGUAAUGUUCAAACCAGGAACUCUUUGUUAUGUGACAGGAUUUGGAGAAGUUCUAGGCACGUGUUGCCCUUUUGUAUUGAAGCAAGCAGCAGUGCCAAUUGACGAUCUUUACAUGUGCAAUGAAACAUCAAACUUACAAGGACAAAUUACAGAAAACAUGUUUUGUGCUGGGAAAGGAGGGAAUGAUGCCUGCAAUGGUGACAGCGGCGGACCACUAGUAUGCAAAGACAGUGACGGUAAAUGGGAACUUUCUGGUAUAACAUCUUUUGGUAUUGGGUGUGGAGAUCCGAAUUCUCCAGGAGUGUAUACAAAAGUUAGUAACUACAUCUCGUGGAUACAUCAGACAAUUGCAGAAUAUUCAUGAAAAAAUACUUCUACCUGUCUUUCAGUUUUGCAAUCUUUUGUUGUUAUUGAAUAAAAUAUUUUCCGUUA